GGUUGCUAAGCUCUAACAGUGAUUUGCGAAAUUUGUUUCUGUGUAUCUGCUCUGAACUUCAAUUCUGACACACUAGAGAAACUUAAUAGCUGAGGAGAUAAAUGGAAAGUUCCUGUGGCUCGACUUCAAGUGAAGGUAAGGAUCCUGGUUCAAGGAAAUGCAGUGACUGUAACAAGUCGUACAAAUCCUGUGAAUGCAAGAAUUGCUUGAAAUGUGGAACAGUUUUUCACAAGUUUUGGGGAACUAACCUUGUAAAGGGAAGGUCCCAUUGCCGCACUUGUUGUGCAGCAGUAUGCGUCACUUGUCAUGUGUUAGCCAACAAUGGUAUAAAGGUGUGUACAAGAUGUCUUCUCAAACAAAAAGAGGAUGAGAUGAAUACACAGAAAGCCCUCUCAGCUAUUGAAGAGGCCAGAACAGAGAGAGUUGACUCAGUGUCUUCAGUGAGAUCAGAGACAUUUGUAGUUGUGUCAUCUGUGUCUCGUCUGUCCCCUGUGAAGAAGAAAGAGGCCCUGUUUGAGGCUGCCAAGACAGGAGACCACUACUCAAUGGUGACUCUUUUAAAUGACAACGUUGAUGUGAAUAUAAGAGAUGUGGACAAGAACACCCCACUAUUUUUUGCGGCUGAAGGUGGACAUCUUCCUUGUGUGGCUUUGUUAAUGGAACGGAAUGCAGAUGUGAAAGCCACAAACAGUAAAUCGUGGACCCCUCUUCAUGCUUUAGCAUGGAAAGGUGCAAGUGAUGGCCAUGUCGAGUGUGGGGAGCUUCUUAUUCAGAUGGGUGCUGCCAUAUUUGCUCUGACAGAUACAGUGGAGACAGCUGCGGAUCUUGCAGCUCGCUCUGGUGGCAAACAGGAGUUAGUACAGCUGUUGAGAGCUGUUGAAGUUGAUGUUGCAGUACAGACGUUACAAGAAAAGUUGCAAAAUCCAUCAGGUUUUUCAUUCAAGGAUCCAAUGUUGAAGCUUUACGUUGCAACCGUUUUGAGGCACAUCACAGAAAACAUUCCUCUGGACAGUUCGAAAAAAACAUCAAAAGUUAAUGAGGCGAAAAGUUCACGGUUCUUAAAGACGCCAGAACUCAUGAAAAGGGAGGACUUCACAAAAUCACUCGACAGAGGGCUUCGAAAACACAAUUCUUGUGAAGAACUACGUCCCGAAACUAAUGGGACUUGGAGUUUUGGAAUUAGUUCUCCGUCGUGUAACAUUCCAAGAGCUGAUGUUGAGCCAAUCAUCAGAUCAGAUUUGUUGCCUUCUGUGACGGCCAACCCAACAAAGCUUGAGGUUAAAAUGCAUGCAACUCAAAGAGCAGAUAUAGAGGAAAGGUUGAUAAAAUGUCAGGCUGAGAAAGACGAUGCUGAACAGCGCUGUAAGAGGCUGAUGCAGUCCAUAGCUAGUGCUGCUGAGGCUCACGAAAAGGAGGUGACAAGAUUACAGCAGGAGAUAGACAUUGCACGAGAACAAAAGGAGAUCGCCUUGAAACGGUGCGAAGCUACCUAUGUUAACAAAAUGGCUAAAAUCAGACAAGAAACAGAAUCGGCUAUUCAAGAGGCCAGCGCGCGGCUUGAACAAGCAGAGAAGGACCGGGCCGAGGUGCUUCAUAUGCAAAACAAUUUCAGGUUAACGUGGGUCCCGGAUGAGCUUGUUAAUUACUGUUCUAACAGCAAGUGUCGAGCCCCUUUCACACAGACAAGAAGACGUCAUCAUUGUCGAUGCUGUGGCCGAGUAUUCUGUCACAACUGCACAGAUCAAUCAACACCAAUUCCAGCCUUUGGAUACGUACAGCUUGUCCGAGUGUGUAAUCCUUGCUUCGCUUUGAUAGACGAUAUGUUCUGUGAAGAACCUGUUGUUUUUACCGACAUAACAUGACAGAUGUUGUCGGCGGGAGAGCACGGUAGUGACGACAUAUGUACCGUGGGAAAACUGGUGUCUUGUCUGGCCAUAACCAUGAAGUUCGCAUCAAUCAAAAUGAUUAAGACAGCUUCUUACCGUACCCAUACGAAACGUUUCUCAAUUGUGACCUUACUGAGUGUUAACAGUAUGAUUGCUAGUACGGAUCUCCAAAAGAUAUAUGCGUUGUACCUAAAGAGUUACUUUACAGUAAGGAUCGGUGGAUCUAAAGAAUUCAUUUAAUAUAUGUCACUUAGAGAUGGAGUUAUUGUCAAAUUCCCAGCCGAUUCAGUUGUAAAUAGAUAUCGAGAUACUGAGGCGUACGCAUCUUACUGAAACUGUCGCAAAAUCCGUGUUACAUAAUUUAUUGCAAAAUUUACGAGGUGACUUAUGACUGGAUUGAUAAUUAUUAUAUUUUUUGAAUUCUGAAUUUGAUUGGUUUGCAGCCAAUCCCAUUAGACCAUAUCGCAUUAAUAAAGUAUUUGACAAGGG